AUGGGUCAGCUGCAGCGUGAAGAGGCUGAUUUCUCCACACUUACUGGACCUACUCCCAGCCGCCUAAAGGUGAUAGACUACGUCCACAGUUAUCCACCUGACUUGAUGACGAUAGCCUCUCUCAAGCCAUCGGUUCUUCCUCAGCACAUGGCGCUGAUCAGGCCCUUUUCAGCACACCCCCCACCCAAUCCACGCCACUCCAUACAUCAUACCCAGCUACACCACAACACACUUAGCCACACCACACCAAAUCACGCCACAUCACAUAUCACACUUGGCCACACCACACCAAACCACACCACUCCGUACAUCAAACCUAGCUACACCACACCACAUAUCACACUCAGCAACACCACACCACACAUCACACCCAGCCAAAUAACCAUUCGCCACACCAAACAUCACAAUCAGCCACACCACACUCCACAGCACACCAAGCCACACCCCACCACAUCACACCCAGCUACACCCCACCACGCUCAGCCACCCAACAUCACAUCCAGCCACACAACACUACACACCCAUCUCACCACACCACCCAUCGCACCCAACCAUACCACACAUAACAUCACAUCCAAUCACAAUAUAACACACUACCCCGCCACACCACGCAACACAUCACAUCAACCAUACCACACCACACACAACAUCCAGCAACACCACACCAGGCAUCACACCCAGCCACCCCGCUGA